AGAUUAAAGUAUACAUAUACCCAUCCUCGGUAUCGUAUACCAGUAUUAAUACGGAAUAUACCUUGGGUUCCGCAAUGAUACAUCAGUACCUAGUAUUUUAAAAUCAUUAUGUACAGUAUCUGCUUUAGUCUUUACGGAUUUAAACAGGAAGUUAAUAAAGUAUUUGAAUCGGUGAUGUGUAUUUUUAUUGAAAUGAAAUCUUCAAAAUAUGGAUAAACAGUAUUAUUGAUAGUGUUUUUGCAGCGUGUAAUAGAUGCCCAUCUGAUGUCCAGGCACGUAUGUACAUAAUUGGUAAAAAGGCACAUUAAGCCUUUGAACUGAAUAUUUUUUCUGUAGAAAGGGCAAAUGUAUGUUUGUGGAUUUAGAACAUAUAAGACGGUUGUCACCUCAAGAAGAUGUUGCAAAAUGUAAACAGAAUAGAAUUUUGACUUCCAUACAAAAUACGCAAUCAUUCUAUCUGGGAAAAAAUGGGAAAUUGUACAUGUUCAAAGAUGAAAGAAGAGACAGGCACUGAAUAUUCAUAUAAUGAUGAUUAUUUAGACAUUGGUCUUGGUGACAUAAUUGAUGAGAUAUUAUCUCCUCCAUAUCGUCCUGAAUUCGCUGACUUUAUUGCCGAAUUAGAUGAUUUAGAUGAUGAUGAUGAUGAUUAUGAAGAUGACGACGAAGAUGAUGACGAUGAUGAAAGUAUACCAGGUUUACAUCGUGACAUAUCGUUUGAGCGGGACUCUAAUGUGAGUAAGCCAGAAAACGUUUUUAUCGAAGACGAAUUGUGUGCUAUUUGUACUUACAACUUUGACGAGGAUCAGCAUGUUCCAAGGAUUUUACCGUGUGGACAUACUUUCUGUGCCUAUUGUAUUAGGAAAAUUGCUAGAAAGUACAAAUUCAGGUAUUUAAGGUGUCCCCUGGACAGAAAACGACACAUUCUGAAGAAACAACAACAUACCGAUCCUAUUUUGAUUGGUCAGAUGCCUACAGACACUGUUAGUAUUGCGAGUAGUAUUUCGGGUAGUGUUGCGAGUGGUAGUAUUGAUUUAUCACAGUUUUUGCAUUUAAAUCACCGAGAUAAUGCUGUUGACGAAGAUGACAUGAUACAUCACUUAGGGGGAGGCAACAUAGAUACGCCAAGCGAAGGAGAGACUGAAGAAAAUUUCCUUGACCUUAGAAACUUACCUUCAAAAUACAAUACGUCUGAUGCUGAAAGUCAAGUUUUUGAACAGCUAUCAACAAACUCUCAUGAAACGUGCUCAAAGUAUGCUGUUCAGUACUCAAAUACUUUAUCAGGAAGAUACUCAGACAUAGGUGAUGAGUCCGAGAUAGAUAAUGAUUUAUGUGAACAUUUAAAUCACAUACCGCAAACCAAUGAACAACGAUCAUUAAUGCUUCCUUAUAAACGCAAAAGCGGUCGCUCCUGGCGUGAAGAAUAUGAUGAAAGUGAUGAUAUAUUUAAUGAAUAUAGUGAUAUAAUUUAUUGGAGACGAAAGUUAAAAUCGGAAACUUUUGAUAAUGAAAGUAAAACAGAUUAUGAUGACGUUUACGCCGACGAGAGAUCUGUGAGGUCUUUUAAAUGGGUAGAGCCGGAUUAUGAUUGACAGAGCGAGACAACUUUAUUUCACUGUACCCAGUUGCCA